AUGGCGAAAAUGGCAUUUCAGCACCAAGCCGGAACGGCUAUGGAAUGUCUUAGUAUACCUAUAACACUUCAAAAAGAAGCAGGCGUUGAUGCAGAAGGUCGAGAAGUUAUGAAAUGUGGCUUUAAAAUAGGAGGAGGUAUCGACCAAGACUAUCGUAAAAGUCCACAGGGAUAUACCGAUAAUGGGAUUUAUGUAACUGAAGUACAUGAAGGAAGUCCAGCUGCCAAGUCAGGAUUAAGAAUGCAUGAUAAAAUUCUGCAGUGCAAUGGGUAUGAUUUUACUAUGGUAACACAUAAAAAGGCUGUCAGCUAUAUAAAAAAGCAUCCCGUACUAAACCUUCUAGUGGCUAGGAAAGGUGUAACAUCCACAUAA